UACACCCCCGUACCUAAUUGCUCGAAUAUAUAACUACUCUUCAACUUCAAAUGCUCUUUGAUAUAUCCAUAAUUCAUUGAGGUUCUUCCUAUCAAAUCUUUCUUGCAUAGCACAUUAUGUAUUACAUGCCUCCCUAGAAUAGACUAAACCUGCACCCUUUGAUAGCUUAGAAUUAUUAACUACCUACAUCAUAUCCUACAACUUCUCUACAACGAACCUUUAUCAAAAGCUGCACGAGAUGCAGUGUGAUAUAUGUUUUCGAACAGGCGGACAUAAACUGCCAUUUCUUUGCCCCACGGAUGCGCGCAACCAACUAUACGAGCUUCGAGUACAAACCGCUGGCAUUCACCUGGAAAAGGAUGCGAUUGAUCGAGAUAUCAGCAGGCGCUACCCGCUACCCCUUUCAAAGGCGGGGAAAUAUAGUAAUGAAGAAUCUGCGGCUGUCACCCAGUCGAACUAUGAUGCGUUGGUUACUGAGCGGGAAAGAAGUAUAGACCGCACGAAUCAAAUUAUUGCUCAUGCAGAUGAGUUGAAAGCAAACCUGGAGCGAGCAAAGGAGGAGCGCAACAAGAAGAAGAUUGCCAAUGACCGCAGGAAGGCGGAACUUACAUCGGCUUCAAAGGGAAUUGAGGCUCGUAGGAUCAAGCAGAUAGAAGCAGUUGAGGGUUCCACUCAGCGGACGAAAUACAGGUGGAACCAGACAUAUGACUUUAUCGGGGAGUCCAGGGCUUAUCUUUGUUAUGAAUCUGCCAAUUUGUAUGGGCUUCAAAGAUUUAAAGGGAGCAAUGGAGGAGAUGAAUAUAGAAUAGCUGGCGUCAACAUAGUAGACCUGAGGUUGAUGAACACUGCAAGUCCAGCCCAAAUAUCUACCUCCUUGUCUCACAUCGCGCAUGUCCUCAUGCUAGCUACUUAUUAUCUCGCUAUUCGAUUACCUGCAGAAAUAACCCUUCCUCAUCGCGAUUAUCCUCGUCCUACGAUAUUUUCUUUAUCUUCCUCAUACAUGCAUACCAAUGUACCAUUUCCUGGCGGAACCAGUUCAUCAAGCAAUAGUCCCUCCACCUCUCGCCAUACCGAAAAUACCUAUCAACCUCGACCAAGACCCUUAUGGAUCAACAAGCCUCUUCCCAUAUUAGUGAACGAGGAUUCAGUAGCCCAUAGUUCCUUCCUCGAAGGGGCAAUCCUUCUCGCUUACAAUGUUGCCUGGCUGUGUAAAAGCCAAGGGGUUUCUGUAGGAGACAGUGAUACCACAAGCUUUGAAGACAUCUGUAACAUAGGAAAGAAUCUAUGGAAAUUGCUCAUAGGCGAUAAACCUCGUCUCCCGCCAAAGCCACGCUCCGAAUCUCCCAGCCCUGCUCCACCCAAAAGCCUCGAUUCCAAGGGGUACGUGGAAAGUGAAGACAAGAACACUCACAAACCUGGGCGCUCAUCUAUCGGAUGGGCCAGUCAUGGGUCUGCAUUCUCAUUCCUAGGGAGCGCAGAAGGUGCAGAGUUCAUACGAGGUUUCAAGCUUCCACGUCCAAACCAAAUGGCCGACAUACUAAAGAAUAAGCUCAUGAGCGAAGUAGCAAAUGCAGAAUGGGAGCUUUUGAGCCAAGAUGCGUGGGCAAUAGAGGACGAAAUGCGUAGCGAUGGAGUUGUGGUGGGCGCUAGAAACGAGGGGCAUGUGAUUUUUGAUACCAGCAAGGAGAGGGAUUAUACGGCUGGAAUGCAGAGUUUUAUGAGUAUGAGAACAGUGAUGGAUGCAGUUGAAAUGGUUGGCGAGGGGACUGGUAUCAAUGCGGUUAUUGCUGAGAGGCUUCCAUUUGGUCUUGCGAAUGUUACUGAUAAGGAGAGGAGAGAAAGAGAAAGGUAUGUUAGAGCCAAAGCGGCUAAAGACAAAGACCAAGACAAGAAAACUGGAACGAGUGGGUGGACGAAAUUGAAACCUAGAGGGUAGAGUAACAUAAUUAGGCUGCUAAAUACCCCUAUAUAUCUAAUGCUUUUCUCACAUAUGAGAUGAGGGUUCUUGAGUUGAGCAUAUGGGAUGGGAUAGGAGCAUGGAUGAGAUCAUGGAUGAGAUCAUGGAUUUGGAUUUGGAUACGGAUACGGAUAUGAAUUAGAAAGGGCUCAAAUCAUGAUGUAUUUCUCCUUCAUAUGAGCAAAGAUAAGCGGUAGAAAGCUGAUCUAGAUUAGCACAUACAUGCAUAACCCUGGAAUGUAAUUAUAUUGUAGAAUACCAGAGCAUACAAUACUAG